GCGCAAAUCCGCCCUGUGCGAUGUGCGUUUCGGCAUUCGACGCGUAAGACGAGCCGUGAAACUCGCUCGACCGCAUGUUCGUUUCGUUCCGUUGGCUCGUCGGACGCGUAGAGAGGUGAUUUCGCUGCGUGGAAGAUCGAUCGUAGCGGGUGACUCGAUCGAUUCGAUCGCGUAGCAGGGCACGAGUAGGUGCGAGGACCGGGGGAGCUGUGCGAGAAGUGCGCCGCUAGUUGGUCGCCGCGGCCAUUACACACGUACGAGCGGCCCGAGGGCGAGCAUCGCGCGACGUGAUCGCAAUCGGCUCUCUCAGUUCCCAUUUCGUCUCGGACGUGAUCGAGUUCGUGACCGAUCUUCCUUCCAGUACGUUCCUACGAUACGGGUUUCGCGCCGAUUCCGAGUUUGGUUGACGAGGUAAAAUCUAGAGCGUCGGCAUGGGUAAGGAGAAGAUUCAUAUUAACAUCGUGGUGAUCGGCCACGUCGAUUCCGGCAAGUCGACCACCACCGGCCAUCUGAUCUACAAGUGCGGCGGCAUCGACAAGCGAACGAUCGAGAAGUUCGAGAAGGAGGCGCAGGAGAUGGGCAAGGGUUCGUUCAAGUACGCCUGGGUGUUGGACAAGUUGAAGGCCGAACGCGAACGCGGCAUCACGAUCGAUAUCGCCCUGUGGAAGUUCGAGACGGCCAAGUACUACGUGACCAUCAUCGACGCGCCUGGUCAUCGCGACUUCAUCAAGAACAUGAUCACCGGCACCAGCCAGGCGGACUGCGCGGUGCUGAUAGUGGCGGCAGGUAUCGGCGAGUUCGAGGCCGGCAUCUCCAAGAACGGUCAAACGCGCGAGCACGCGUUGCUCGCGUUCACCCUGGGCGUGAAGCAGCUGAUCGUCGGCGUGAACAAGAUGGACAUGACCGACCCGCCGUAUUCGGAGUCCCGUUUCGAGGAGAUCAAGAAGGAGGUCUCGUCGUACAUCAAGAAGAUCGGCUACAACACCGCGUCGGUGGCGUUCGUACCGAUCUCCGGCUGGCACGGUGACAACAUGCUGGAACCGUCGCCAAAGACCGCGUGGUACAAGGGGUGGAAAGUGGAGCGCAAAGACGGCAACGCCGACGGGAAGACCCUGAUCGAAGCCCUUGACGCUAUACUGCCGCCGUCCAGACCCACCGACAAGGCUCUCCGUCUACCGCUUCAGGACGUUUACAAGAUCGGUGGCAUCGGCACCGUGCCGGUCGGUCGCGUCGAGACUGGAAUUCUGAAACCAGGUAUGCUGGUGACGUUCGCUCCGGCGGCGCUGACCACCGAGGUGAAAUCGGUGGAGAUGCACCACGAGGCGUUGACGGAGGCAUUGCCCGGCGACAACGUCGGCUUCAACGUGAAGAACAUCUCGGUGAAGGAGCUGAGGCGUGGCUACGUGGCGGGCGAUUCGAAAAAUCAGCCGCCGCGAGGGGCCGCGGACUUCACCGCUCAGGUGAUCGUCCUCAACCAUCCCGGACAGAUCAGCAACGGGUACACGCCUGUGCUCGACUGCCACACCGCUCAUAUCGCCUGCAAGUUCGCCGAGAUCAAGGAGAAGUGCGACCGCCGUACCGGGAAAACCACCGAGGAGAAUCCGAAGAGCAUCAAGAGCGGCGACGCUGCGAUCGUGAUGCUCCAGCCGACUAAACCGAUGUGCGUCGAGGCUUUCCAGGAAUUCCCGCCCCUGGGACGUUUCGCCGUUCGCGACAUGCGUCAGACUGUCGCCGUGGGCGUCAUUAAGAGCGUCACCUUUAAAGAUACGCAGGGCAAGGUUACAAAGGCCGCCGAGAAAGCCCAGAAGAAAAAGUAACCAUCAAGCUUCCUCGGAAGCUCGCAGACCGCCGGCUGGUGCCCGGGGACGAGUGUCUCCUCCGCGAGGGGGCCCUCCGACAGGACGCAGUACGCCGCGGCUGCUCCAAUCAACUCAUACUCGGCUAAUAAUAAUAAUACAAAAAGUGAAAAGAUGUUGUGCUUACCCCCGUUACAUUAUCCGGUAGUAUUGAAUCCGCGCAUCUAUCCGAAUUUGCACAUUCAGUUCACCCAUGCCCCGCGCACACCCCACAUAUGCUAGGUAGAUUCUUACGUUUUUACUUAAUUCUUUACAUUGACGAAUAUGUGUCCAAUUACAGGUUAAAAAACAAAACAAUUCAAAAAAACGUAAAAGAACAAAAAAAGACAAAAAAAAAAAAGAAAAGAAAAAAGAACAAUACUCAGUUCCCUUGAACUCUGUGUAGUUAGGUUUUUCAAUUAAAUGUAACAACACACAUACACACACACAACCACACGGACACACAGACAACCAGAUGAAACAGAAACGGGAUGACGGGUCGUGUGAUCGUGGCAGCUUAACAGCGUGAAACGAAACACGAGGCAGCAGCUGGGCCACGAAUCUCAGCUAAGUUUUUUUUUUUCUCCACGCCACCAUUAUCGAUUCGACGACACGCUUUCUAUUCUUCGCCAUCUUCUGAGUUCUACGAGAGGAGAAACGCGUAGUACAUCCAUACGACACACACACGCACACACAUACAUACACACACACACAUACACGCACGCAUACGCAGACUUCCGUAAUACCUGGACGAGAAAAGCCGAUUUAUCCUGAGAAGCGAUCCGACACAUUGGACACAUAAAUAAAGAAAAGGGUGUGACCCGCUGCUGCCUCGCCAUCCCUGACUUUUUAAUCUUCUUUUCGAAGGAUUCGUUAAGGCUGAUUUGUUCAAAGACUUGGUUGCCUCGCUGCGAAUAAUUUUAUUAUUUGUAUAAGAAAUGUAUUUAUCUCUAGUUAGGGAUACAAUUAGACUGUGCUCCCAAUAUAUCCCUUUCGCGGCUCGGGAGAAACUCGCCCGCGAUCGAGGCGGUCACCAGGCUGACCUUGAACUCGUCGGCGAGUUUCGCCUCGCGAGUUGCCCGUGUUAAUCUCGGUACCCCUGAUAGACGCGUUCUACAAUUGUUUUUGACCCUUAGCCAGUAUUACGUUGAUGUAAUAAAAAAAAAAAAAAUUUUAA